GGUUUUUUUCACUCGCUCACUUCAAAGUUCGAGUGGAUAAAAGAUCGAAUGGAGAAUCACUGUCUCCAAGCCAUAGCCCAUACUUCAUAGCCACGCCUACUACUCAAUGGCCAUACAAGCCCUCUCCCAUCAUCUUUCUCGUCUCUCUUUCGCGCCAUUUCUCUUUCCCUCCGCUCGGCUUGCGCUCAACCCUCCUCCUUAUCAUCACGUCGUUUUCUUUCGCCGGAAUCUUCAUCAGACUCGCCCCUUCUUGCGCUCCAAUGGCUCCCGGAGUUUCACCGUUUUAGCUUCCAGCUCUCGAGACUUCAGUGACAAGACGCAUGAUGAGAAAUAUGAUGUUAUUGUGGUUGGAGGAGGACAUGCUGGUUGCGAAGCUGCCCUUGCAUCUGCUCGUAUGGGUGCAAAAACCCUUCUUCUCACAUUAAACAUUGAUCGAAUUGCAUGGCAGCCUUGCAAUCCAGCAGUAGGUGGACCUGCUAAAUCGCAGCUUGUGCAUGAAGUGGAUGCGCUUGGUGGUGAGAUUGGGAAGAUUGCUGACAGGUGCUAUUUACAAAAGCGUGUUCUCAAUGUCUCAAGAGGCCCUGCUGUUCGUGCUUUGCGUGCACAAACCGAUAAACGAGAAUAUGCUAUUGAAAUGAAAAACAUUGUGGACAGCACCCAAAACCUUUCCAUUAGAGAAGCCAUGGUAACAGAUAUAUUAUUGGGAAAGAAUGACAAUGUAGAAGGUGUACGCACAUUUUUCGGCAUGAACUUCUAUGCUCCUGCUGUUGUCCUCACGACAGGAACUUUUAUGAGUGGUAAGAUUUGGGUUGGAAAAACUUCUAUGCCUGCAGGAAGAGCUGGGGAGUCAGCUUCACACGGACUUACUGAAAGCUUACAACAAUUUGGAUUUGAAACUGAUCGGUUGAAGACUGGAACUCCAGCACGUGUUGACAUUCGUACUGUAAAUUUUUCAGUAUUAGAACCUCAGCAUGGCGAUGAUGAGGUUGGUUGGUUUAGUUUUGAUCCUGAGUUCCAUAUUGAAAGGGAACAGAUGUGCUGCUAUCUCACACGUACCACAAAGAUUACACACCAGUUAAUUAAUGAUAACUUGCAUCAAACUCCCACUUAUGGAGGAUGGGUUGAAGCUAAGGGCCCUAGAUAUUGCCCCUCGAUUGAAGAUAAGAUUGUUCGAUUUAAGGAUAAGGAGUCACAUCAAAUAUUUCUUGAACCAGAGGGUCGAAAUGUGCCGGAGCUCUAUGUGCAGGGCUUUUCUACCGGUUUACCAGAAAGACUACAAUUACCACUCUUGAGAACUUUGCCUGGACUCGAAAACUGUUCAAUGCUUAGACCCGCAUAUGCAGUAGAGUAUGAUUACUUGCCUGCUCACCAAUGCACUAGGUCUCUCAUGACAAAGAAAUUUGAUGGGCUUUUCUUCUCUGGUCAAAUAAACGGUACCACAGGCUACGAAGAAGCUGCUGCACAAGGUAUUCUAUCUGGUAUUAAUGCGGCCAGACAUUCAGAUGGUAAGCCACUCAUUGUUCUUGAAAGGGAAAGCAGUUACAUAGGAACAUUGAUUGAUGAUCUGGUCACUAAGGAUCUCCGAGAACCUUACCGAAUGUUAACAAGCCGCUCAGAACAUCGGUUGCUUCUUAGAUCCGAUAAUGCUGAUUGCCGUCUCACGCCUUUGGGCCGAGAAAUUGGGUUAAUAGAUGAUAGACGCUGGAAACUGUACCAGGACAAACAAGCUCGAAUUUCAGAGGAGAAGAAGCGGUUGAAAAGUGUUAGAAUUUCAGGGGGAGAAUUAGCAGCUGAAAUCACUCGUCUAUCAAAUCAGCCUGUGAAGGACCAUUCAACACUGGAGAGUCUUCUCAAGAAACCGCACAUAGAAUAUAAGGUAUUUGAUAAGCAUGGUUUUGGGAAUGAAAUGUUGUCAAGAGCAGAGAAAGAAUGUGUUGAGGUUGAUAUCAAGUAUGAGGGCUUCAUUAUACGUCAGCAGAACCAACUUCAACAGAUGGUCCAUCUACAACAUAAACUGAUUCCAGACGGUUUGGAUUACCAUGCAAUGACAACUUUGUCCCUUGAAUCACGUGAGAAGUUAUCCAAGGUUAGGCCACAGACCAUAGGUCAAGCAAGCAGAGUUGGCGGGGUGAGCCCUGCUGACAUUACUGCUCUUCUUAUCAUCCUUGAAAGCAAUCGGAGGAAUGCCCAAGAGCAGAGGAGACACAAGAUGCUGACUGCAAUGAAGAUAGCUCCAGAUCAAGAUAUGCCGGAAGUUCCGUUGACUGAGACAAUUAACUCAUAAUAUAUGUUGCUACAAAAAUGCUAGUUGCUCUAAUUGUCAGACUCAAUCAAGAAUGUCACCAAAAUGCAUUAUGGAACAAAUCAAUGGUUUCAAAGUCUUCCCUUAUAAUCUCAGAGAACUUUGGUGGCCAAAACUCAUGAGAGAUGGUCGAGCCACGAGUGUCUAAGAGCUCAUUCAUCUCAAAUUUCAGCUGCGGUGUUAACUCAUUGAUCCUUGUCCAACAUCAAGGAAUGAAGAUUCAAGUUGAAACUCGUUGAUCAGGAAGUGGAGUGUUUAAUGUUGUGUUUCUAAGUUAAAUUAAAGGUCAUAUAAUGAUCAAUAAUUUUGACCCCAUUUAGCAAUUAGUUGUAUUUAAAUAUUUAUUAAGUGCAGUUCAAAAAAAAAAUAUUGCGAAAAAAAUUUGUAAUUGAGGUUUAUACCGUUUGUGUAUAUAGAAGCGCACACGCAACUCAACCACCAACGCAUGCAUUUAGAGCUAGUGGCGACUGAAGUUAUACCAGACCACUCUUGGUGAUCUCAUUGCUUUACUAUCAUUCUCAUUCAUUUUCAUAAGUUUCAAAUAACGUGGUGUAAUGCAAUGCAAGAAUCAACUAACACAUUAGGGUUUGAGGUGGUUUGGUUGUAAUUGGUCUAAUUUUUGGAUGUAAUUGGUCUAAUUUUUGGAGGCAAAGAAAAAAGUUUGUCCAAUGGAUUAACUUGGGAAUUUUCUUUAGAAUAGAAAAAAAGUUAUUUGUAAUA